AUGGAAGACAUGUCGACCAACUUUUUCCUGAAUCAAUGGAAGACGUGGACCGGGGCGAGGUUAUUCAGGAGCGCCUUGGAGCCGCAUAUACCGCUACGCGAAUUGACCUCUGAAAUCGAGCCCAGCGACGAGUUCUUGGUGGCAAAGCAGCUGCGGCUGAAGGUCUCGAAUAAUAUAGUAAAAAUCGUAUCCGACGGUGUCGAUCUGGGAGAUGAGUGCCGACUGGUCGACCUGAAUCUACACAUUUUCGACGAAAAUGGCAAUGGAAUUGAGCCGCCCGAGCCGGCCCCGAAUUUGUUCCUGAAAAUCACGGAAGCCACGCAGACCGAGGAUGACAAAAUUCGUGAUGAAGGCACACAGACUGAAAAAUUUGUCCAAAUCGAUCGUCAAAUCUCGCCAAUGACCGAGUCGAGGAGGAAUAGUUUCUGUUCCUUACCCCGCUCCCCGGCAAUCCAGGAUUUGGCGGGGCUAUUUGAAGACGGGCCUAAAAAGCCGAAAGAGAGUGCUGAGACCGUCAAAAAUGAGAGUAAAGGGACAGCGAAACGCAACAGUACGACGCACGUUCAUUUUUGGGAUGAGCAUGAGGAGCGAGUCCCGCCCCAAAGCGUCGCCACCACCAAUGCGAUGCGCGGCCGAGGA